AUGCCAAAUUCAAGCCAAGACCAGUUUGAUAUUGCUCGCGUGUGUAAUAAUGCUCUUGUCGGUACUGUCAUAGUGCGAACAUUAGACAGUCUGGUAUUUGAAGACGAGAAUGUGUACGGCACCCGUGCACCAAUUGCAGCAAAUGUUCGGCGUUUGUUACAUCGAUUUCAGAAAGAGGGUUGCCGCCGCGAGGACCCCCUCAGUUGGAUACCUGCUGAACUCUCUCCUCAAGAACUGCAUCAUCUGCUGUCGUUGAACUCUCUCUCGGCCUUUGAUAAAGAUGAGCCCAGAGAGAUCAAAUUGCCUGAAGAUGCAAAGAUCUGCUGCCUUCAAGGGCAGCAUCGAGUAUCUGCAGCUUGGGAAUGGCUGGAGCCUAACGACCAAUGGUGGGUUAUCAAUCUCUUUGACUCCUCUAAACUCACACCGGAGGCGCGAAGACGGCUACGUGAGGGUGAUAGCAGUUCUCGCGAAUACAGCGAUGGAGAAAUAUACAGGAAUAUCCGGUACUACCAGAAACAAGGCGACCAAAAGUCAGCCAGUGGUUGGCUAGCAAGGUGGUCUGAAAGCAAAUGCAAUGACUUCCGACAGCUCUACAAGCCGAACAAUAUUCUAUAUCGGACUGUGAGAGAUAAGCUAGACGAUCUUCUUCCCUUUGCAGGAUUGUGGCCCCAGUGGCAGAUGGGAACACAUUUAGUUCGGGAGCACUGUGUUGAGCUUACACUAGGGCACCCCGAGUGGUUGGACUCGAGCACCGUGGAGCAUCUACAAGGUCGCUUUCCAAAGCUCUCUAAGUUAGACCGCAAAUACGUGGACUACGCCUUUCAAGAGCAUCUGGUCUUUUCUAGUAUAACCGACACACGCACAAGAUCACAGUUGCAUCAGGCAGCAACGGAGUUUCCACGCAUAAUCCCAUCACUUAAAACCUUCCUUGAGAAUGCCAAAUACCUGAAACUAAUAAUGCAAGUGUUGAAAAACUACCUCGGUCCGCUGUUUAAGGGCACUUUAAGGGAAGGUAUGAGAAGCUGUUACGUCCAUCCUGACAAUGACCGGUGCCCUAUCCAGGUUUCCGAGAAUACAUUUAUAGAUACCACAAUUAAGAACAAUGACCGUGGAUUUUUGUCCGCAUACCGCCAAGUCUGUCUCUUUGCAAUGCGGCAUUUUUUUGGUUUGACUAACUCUCGGCCUCUGGGCCUGCAUCGAUAUCCUGGAUCCCGACAACAGCCUGACACCCACGAACUGUGGAAACGCUUCAACGACUUGGCCAGCAAACUAGGGUUUGUGAGCCCCAAGCGUCGCGUAAAUCCUGUCGCAAGAGCUCGAAAACGCCGCUUUGGCAGUUUCAAUGUCCGUCAGCCCGCUGGCAUCCGGAUCGUCAAAGAGCCACCCGAGUUCCUAGCCAUUCAUCAGUUCUUAACGCGGCUCCGUCCAGCAGAUCUCUUUGAGUACUCCGAGUCCGUUCUUUUGGAAGAGGCUUCCAGAAUUUGCGAAACUCUGACAAGAUUGAAACCUCGCUCACUGGUCGCACAACAGCCUACCCGCACGACCGACGAGGUCGCUGAAUUCUCACUCCAAAUGCGCUGUGGGAUAACGGAUGCAGAGUCCUUCUUCGCCGACCAACCAUACCUGUUUCUGAACAAUAUCUAUGAGUCGAGGGACGAAACUCCUCGUGAAAAUCUGACAGGUUUUGCUAUUAAGCAGGACAUGUUUAUCGCAUUCUUCGGUGAUGGUACGGAAGAUCACGAUCAGGACAUGGGCCGAUCCAGUUGGAGGGUAGAUGCCACAGUCGAUACCCGGGAAAACAUGGCUGCAGAAGAUACAUCAGACCCAAUGUUGCUUUCAACUGCCUUAGUACCCCAUGAUAGGUCGCUCAAUCUGCCCGCGCAGGAUAUGACCGUCGAUGUCGAUAUGCAUCUCAGCACGUUGGAUAGCCAAUUAUCUAUGGUCCCCACGCCCACGCCCCUCCUCAAUGGCGUCAUCGAUAAUUUCCCGCAACCAAGCACACCAAGCAUGUCCUUAAUACAGGCAGCUCCUGGGGUCUCAACCGACGUACUAGGCCCUGGUCACGAACUGUUGGCUUUGCAGGGAAACUCGCAUUCGCAGGUUGGGCACAUCAACAACCAACGGCGAGAAUAUUGCACCUUUACGGUUAACCUCUCACCUGGUGCUUUUCUCGCCCAGUUUAACGCACAAGUGAAAGCAUCACCUGGAUACCUCAUAUUUUACAAUGUGGAAAAGAGAGAGAUAGCCUGCCUUCUUCGUUCUUCGGGCCAACUGCAGGAACUAUUGGUCAGUUUCGGAAAUGUUCAAUGGUAUGCCAGACCCCAGCGCACAGGAGACUCUUUCGUCUUGGUUCCAUUACCUAUACCUCAAAUCCCUGUCAUGUUGGGACAGGAUGUGGUUAUUUUUUUCUCUACCAGACUCGACUUCCGCAAUAACUUGCUUAUGCCCGAUGCAACCCAAUUACCCAAUGAGGCGGUCAGCAUGCCGGCGUUCAACGAACAAAUGCAGAAUUGGCAUAUGGCCCCAGGAGAGAUUGAUAUUGAGUAA